AUGUCAAAUUAUUACGGAGCCCCGCCCUCCUCCCCUUUUUAUGCCCAGCAACCGCAACCGUCCUUGCAUGCCACUCCCGGGGCCCCACCCCCGCAACACCAGCACCAACAGCAGCAACAGCAGCAAUCACCCUAUGCAGCGACUUCUCCCGUCUCCGCUCAAAGCUAUUCCCCCUCACCUCCGCAACCAGCUCCGCCGAGACCACACACAACCGCCCCCUACCCUGGCUCUAGCUUUGGCCCCCCGCUAUCUGCGGGACCCGUUGGUUAUUACCAGCAGUUUCCGCCCCAGCAAUCGCAGCAGCAGCAGCAGCAACCCCAACAGGGUUAUCGCCCUCAGCAACCGCCGCAAGCGACAUCAGACUACGGAGACUCGCAACAACCGCAGCCACCGAGAAAUGGCUAUGCUCCAGCACCUCCGGCACCAUCCGUGGGAUACCCUUCCGAUAUUCCACAGCUCGCGAAUAGUCACGGUUUACCGCAGGACGUAGUGCAGAAGCUUGCAGCCGACUUGAUGAGGAGUAUCCAGCAAUCCAAUAUAACCUCGCCCACAGUCGCUCCGGCCGGGCCUCCCCCAAGACUUGAUCACCCCACUAUGCCUGGAGGGCUGCCAGCCCCCGGUAUGGGACCACCCCCGUCCCAACCGCCGCCGAUGAUGCAGCAGCAACAGCCUCCCCAAGCGCAAAUUCCCGGCUCUUUUCCUUCCUACCCUCCGGCUCCUGCUCCACAUGAACCUCCACAGGUCCCUCAUCACCAGUACCGGCAGCCACAGCAGCAGCAGCAGCAGCAGCAACAGCAGCAGACACAAGGGUUCCCACCGCAACAGCAAGGGUACUUUCCACCGCAGCCGAUGCUUGGAAAUUCCGCUCCGCCGGCUCCUCCCGCUCCGCCCCCGGUUAGCCUUGGAGGCCCACCGCUAGGUCCUGCUCACCCCCAGAUACAGCAACGACAGAAUGAUACUCCACGCCGUGAGACUUCUCAGCGAUAUAGGUCAAAUACUGCUUCGACCCAUCGCAGCCAUUCAUCAACGCCGGCAACUUCGACUUCUUCCGGUCCCGCUGCUAGACUUACCAAGAUGGAGGGUGGGGGCGUGCACGGUGAGACGUGGGGAGAUUUGGUUGAUCAUGAGCACGGAAAGGAGCCAAUGCCGAAGGAAAGGUUGGUGCGCCUGCUACGAGGAAUUGCAAAUCACAUCGUAAGUUUACCUCUGCACCGUGUCGGAUGUGUCGGGUUAACCUCCGGUAGAUCAAGGAGCGAGCGCCUGCAGCGAGCAUUGUCAUCGCCCCCGAAAAGAUGGCCGAUUUUUAUGCGGCUAAUGCUGUGGAAGGUGAUGAUCGUAUGAACUGGAAAGGUUGAUAUAUACCGGCUUUCCGAUAUUUUGUAAAGACGUUUGCUGACCCGUUCCUCCAACCUAGGUUACUUCACCAACCGGACAGAAUCCUCCUUAUCCUCCAUUUAUAGGGUCUUGGGCUGCGAGCACUAUUAUGUCCCUAUGAGUCGUGACCAGAAGCCCACCAUCCCAGCUCUGACUCCUCAGGGGUUCGAAACCUGGAUGUUUACUCAGCUCAUGACUAACCCUUCGCGUGAAGCGUCCCGGCUACAAAAGGUUGUGGCGUCGUGGCCAAUUUACGACACGAAAGAGGGUCGGAGAUUCCCGACAUCCAUACCCAGGUGCUGUUUCCCUGAGAAGGAGGACUUGGUGAUUUUCGAGGGAUGGUGGCGAGUGUGGGAAGAGUUUCCGUCCGAUUUUGAGGACGAAGAGGAGGAGCGAGCUCCUUUAGCCUUACCGGCACCAGGCGACGGCAACGGUAACAGAUUCUAUGGGCCUCCUCCGCUCCAGGGCCCCCUACCGGGAGCCGAUUAUGGCCCUGCUGCACAGAUGGCGAGGAAGAGGACGCAACAAAAAUACCCCCCGAACCCGCGUGACCUGAAUGAUGAUGAGUUGGAUGCUAUUAUUGAGAGCGGAACGGAUAAGCCUCCCACGAUGGAAAGACACCGUAAGCCCUACGCCUCUAGUACGGGGAAUCCUGGAUGGAAAGAAGAGCUAAACCCUCGCCCUACUCUUGGUGAAGACAAAGCAUCCUCGACACGAAACGGCCCUCCACCACCAUCACGCCCGCAUACCUCUCAUGGCCAUCAUCCACCACGGGAUGCUCGAGAGUUCCGAGAGGAACCCUACGCGAAACCAGUUCCCGAUAGGGACCCCCGUGACCCACGCGAUCCACGCGAUCCCCGAGACCAUAGAGAGCCACGGGAGCCCAGAGAGCCUCGGGAUCCUAGAGACCCAAGGGAGCCACGGGACCCACGGGAUUUGUCAGACUCACCCGAUGCUCCUGUCAGGCGGAGUAAGUCGACCCGCCGCCCCCAUCAACGAGAGCGCUCUGAAUAUCGCCGCCCUCAUCGACACUCCCACUCCCACCACCGUGGCGGUGGUCGCCGCGAGCGAUCUCCCGCGGAUGAACAUGACCAGGAAUGGUCUGGAUCGAGUGGCGUAUCUGCCCAAACUCCCACCAGUGCCCCGGACGCUGGUGUCCCAAUACCAGGUGCCGCUCCCGCUCCACUUCCCCCAGACGCACAAGACCGGCGGUCUCGUGCCCAGCGCAAGGCAGACGAAGCUGCCCGAGUUGCACGUCAGCAGGAGGAGCUUCUUCGAGGGUAUGGGCCCCCCGGGCGCUUUGAACCCCCUGUCGAUGCAUACGAGUAUAACCCCUCUUUCUAUUUCUAUGCUUUUCUUUUUGUGUGAUGGAUCUGAAGCUUACAAUUGCGACAUAGGUAUGAUGAUUUUCCCGUGCCGCCGCGGGGCCGAGGGGGAGAGAGAGAUGAUAGGAGGGUGGCCGAGUACGGCUACCAGGAUGAGUACGACAGGGACCGGCGUGCUCCACCCGGGGGUGGCGCGGGAGCAGGCAGACGGAGCAGUCUUUAUGGUGGGGAGAGGGGAAGACCGAGAGAUCGCAGUUCAUACUGGGCCCCAUGA